AUGUCGGAUGAGGAACAGACACUCUUGCCGGAGCCUGCUUCACCUUGUGCCAAUUUCAAUGUCUCAACUGUGAGCAUCAGGGUACACAAACAGUGCGAUGGUCAGCUAAGCGAGCUCCACUUGGAACCCGAAUGCGAGUUGGACAAUGCUCGAAGAGAUAUAUGGCACUUUUGUCUGAACUUUUCAGCCUGGUGGGCCACGUUUUACGCCCAGCCGGUAUUACUCAUGAUCAACUGGGGAGUCGACCAACGUCCCCCAUAUGUUCACUCCAAUCACCCCGACACCAACGUACGCGCCUUGUCGCUUAUGGCCGCUCAACAUUCUCAACUUUCAUACUACGGCUUUGAAUCGCUCAGCAUCAACCACCUGCUCAAGAUGCCGAAUGGCAUGAGAGUCAAGCGGGUCAGGGAGCUGGUAAUGUACUUGAAACGAUGCAGAACCUCCCCCCUGACGUCGCCGGGCCAAUCCCCCCCCGGCGCCCCCGUCAUGCACCCAGGCCACAUCGUCACUCAAGGCAUGUACUGGACUUACAUCAUUCUCCUCUACCGCCCGUAUCUCAUCGAAAUGGGUGGCGGGCCCAAUCUAAUCCCAGAAGCGCUGCAAAGGUGUUUGGAGUGCACGCAGGACAUAGUGGAUAUGGCGCAUUAUAUGGUGGAUCGCCAUGGUGUCGUGAAGGCUCCGCUGUCGUGGCAACACAUCCUGUAUGUCGGAAGUACCAUCCUCAUCUUCAAGUUGCCGGCCUCCCCAACAUCACAGAAGGACAACGUCUAUGGGCACUCGACUCCCUUCGCUUCAUCCAAUAGGCUUUGA